AUGACGGAGCCGGCGAGUGCAGCAACAGCAGUAUUACCAACACCAAUAUUCCGUGAUCUUCAUGGUUUCAAUGGGUUUCUUGGAGCUGGAGGAAGACGAAACGAGUUAAGUGAAGUGGCAACCGCCGCAGUUCUGUGCCUGCUUGUCGGAAUGAUGAUUGUUGCAACUCUUGUUGGUAACUCUCUAGUGAUUCUAGCUGUUCUGUUGGUUCGGAGCCUGAAAACUCAGCCGGCAAACUAUUUGCUCGUUUCACUAGCUGUUGCCGAUUUUUGUGUCGGUUUACUGGUGAUGCCUAUAGCUCUGAUUGAUCUGCUAACCGAUCGCUGGGUUCUUGGCAAUUCGGUAGGCGUUUUUCUGAGUUUCAUUUUUUUAUUUUUUAUCGUGCGCUGUUGUAGCACAUUAUAA